CUUGGAACCCCCGCAGCCGGCAAGCCCCCGAGCGACACGGGGCAGGAGGCGGUGCGCACCAGUUGCCAGCCCGGUGCGCGGUUUCUUCUCUACUUUUCUUGGUGCGACGACCGGACCGUGGCUGCCUUUCGCUCUUCUCCUUUUCCUAUGUUUGCUGAAUCGCCAUCACCUGGCAUUUGUCAUUCUUUAUUUUUCUCCUCUCUCUUACUCUUUCUUGUUUUCCCCCCCGUUCCCCCUCUUUCCGGACCAUAAAUCCAAACAUUUUCUAAACCAACAAAGAAAAGUUCGCACGCUGGCAUUGCGGCCAGGACAGCCUGGCUCUGCUGCGGGUCCCCCUCCCGCCGACACUUGACUCGACCUGCAAGCGAGUGUGUGGAUGCCCCCCCCCAGGCAACUUCCUAGCGAGUAGCAAAUACCCGUAAAGUCCUGGUGGCGCAGCCCCUCCCCGCGGGCAGCGCACUAUGCUGCUCGGGUGGGCGCCCCUGCUGCUGUGCGCGUUCCGCCUGCCCCUGGCCGUGGCCAGCCCCGCCGCGGCACCUGCCCAGGAGAAAGCCAGGCAGCCUCGGGCUGCUGCAGCUGCCGCCCAGCCCCGCCAGAGGCAGGGGGAGGAGGCGCAGUUGCGGGUCGAGCCUCCGGGCCACCCGCGCGCCCUGGCGCCGGCGCCGCAGCACGGGAGCAGGGGGCUGGUGCGGAACAUCGACCAGCUCUAUUCUGGCGGCGGCAAGGUGGGCUACCUCGUCUACGCGGGCGGCCGAAGGUUCCUCUUAGACUUGGAGAGGGAUGGCUCCCUGGGCGCUGCUGGCUUCGUGCCUGCAGGAGGCGGGCUGAGCGUACCCGGGCAGCACGGCGGCCACUGCUUCUACCGGGGCACGGUGGACGGCAGCCCUCGCUCCCUGGCUGUCUUUGACCUCUGCGGAGGUCUCCAGGGCUUCUUCGCGGUCAAGCACGCGCGUUACACCGUAAAGCCGCUACUGCGCGGGCCGUGGGCCGAGGCGGAGACCGGGCGCGUGUACGGGGAUGGGUCUGCGCGGAUCCUGCACGUCUACACCCGCGAGGGCUUCGCUUUCGAGGCCCUGCCACCACACGCCAGCUGCGAGACCCCCGCGUCCCGGCCUGGGCCACACAAGCGCCCCCCUGCGCACAACAGCCCGGGGCGACAGGCGGCGCUGGCUCCGCAGCUCCCAGAUCAGCCAACUCUUUUGCCCGCUGGAGACCCAGGACCUCAGACUUGGUGGCGGCGGCGACGCCGCUCCAUCUCCCGGGCACGCCAGGUGGAGCUGCUCCUGGUGGCUGAUGCGUCCAUGGCGAAGAUGUACGGGCGAGGCCUGCAGCAUUACCUGCUGACCCUGGCUUCCAUCGCCAACCGGCUGUACAGCCACGCCAGCAUCGAGAACCACAUCCGCCUGGCUGUGGUGAAGGUGGUGGUGUUGGGAGACAAGGACAAGAGCCUGGAGGUGAGCAAGAACGCGGCUACCACGCUCAAGAGCUUCUGCAAAUGGCAGCACCAGCACAACCAGCUGGGAGAUGACCACGACGAGCACUACGAUGCCGCCAUCCUGUUCACUCGGGAGGAUUUAUGUGGGCAUCAUUCAUGUGACACCCUGGGAAUGGCAGACGUUGGGACCAUAUGUUCUCCGGAGCGCAGCUGUGCAGUGAUUGAAGAUGAUGGUCUCCACGCAGCUUUCACUGUGGCUCACGAAAUUGGACAUCUACUUGGCCUCUCCCAUGAUGAUUCCAAAUUCUGUGAAGAGAACUUUGGUUCCACAGAAGAUAAGCGCUUAAUGUCUUCCAUCCUAACCAGUAUAGAUGCUUCUAAGCCCUGGUCAAAAUGCACCUCAGCCACUAUCACUGAAUUCCUGGAUGAUGGCCAUGGUAACUGUUUGCUAGACCUGCCACGGAAGCAGAUCCUGGGCCCUGAAGAACUUCCAGGACAGACCUAUGAUGCCACGCAGCAGUGCAACCUGACAUUCGGACCCGAAUACUCUGUGUGUCCCGGCAUGGACGUGUGCGCCCGGCUCUGGUGCGCUGUGGUGCGUCAGGGCCAGAUGGUUUGUCUGACCAAGAAGCUGCCUGCCGUGGAAGGGACGCCCUGUGGGAAGGGGAGGAUCUGCCUGCAGGGCAAGUGUGUGGACAAAACCAAGAAGAAAUAUUAUUCCACAUCAAGCCAUGGCAACUGGGGGUCUUGGGGCCCCUGGGGCCAGUGUUCUCGCUCCUGUGGGGGUGGAGUACAGUUUGCCCAUCGCCACUGCAAUAACCCUGCACCCAGAAACAGUGGCCGCUACUGCACAGGCAAAAGGGCCAUCUACCGAUCCUGCAAUGUGCUGCCCUGCCCGCCCAACGAUAAAUCUUUUCGUCAUGAGCAAUGUGAGGCUAAAAACGGCUAUCAGUCUGAUGCAAAAGGAGUCAAAACAUUUGUGGAAUGGGUUCCCAAAUACGCGGGCGUCCUGCCGGGGGACGUGUGCAAAUUGACCUGCAGAGCCAAGGGCACGGGCUACUAUGUGGUCUUUUCUCCAAAGGUGACAGACGGGACUGAAUGCAGGCCUUACAGUAACUCUGUCUGCGUGCGGGGCAGGUGUGUGCGCACCGGCUGUGAUGGAAUCAUUGGGUCAAAGCUGCAAUAUGACAAGUGUGGUGUAUGCGGAGGUGACAACUCCAGUUGUACCAAAGUUAUUGGAACCUUCAAUAAAAAGAGUAAGGGUUACACUGACGUUGUGAGGAUCCCCGAAGGGGCAACCCACAUAAAAGUCCGCCAGUUCAAAGCCAAAGACCAGACUAGAUUCACUGCCUACUUAGCCCUGAAAAAGAAAAGUGGUGAGUACCUUAUCAACGGAAAGUACAUGAUCUCCACAUCAGAAACCAUCAUCGACAUCAAUGGCACAGUCAUGAACUACAGCGGCUGGAGCCACCGGGAUGACUUCUUGCAUGGAAUGGGCUACUCGGCCACCAAGGAAAUUCUGAUCGUGCAAAUUCUUGCUACAGACCCAACUAAAGCAUUAGAUGUCCGGUACAGUUUUUUUGUUCCCAAGAAGUCCACUCCAGCAGUAAACUCUGUCACUAGCCAUGGCAGCAAUAAAGUGGGAUUGCACACUCCACAGCUGCAGUGGGUGACAGGCCCCUGGCUUGCCUGUUCUAGGACCUGUGACACGGGCUGGCACACAAGGACGGUGCAGUGCCAGGAUGGAAACCGGAAGUUAGCAAAGGGUUGUCUUCUCUCUCAGAGGCCUUCUGCUUUUAAACAAUGCUUGCUGAAGAAAUGUUAGCCUGUGGUUAUGCCCUUGUGCACACAGAUAACUGGAGGAUGCAUCACUGAUACAGCUGUGGUAAACAAGAGGUCUACCCCAUGCACAGAAAGUCACAUGCCAGUGGCAUUGUCACCAGGAGUCAAAUUAUGGGCAGAAUCUGCUCUCUGUGACCAAAAGAUGUACACUGCUUCAUGUGACAAUGGUGACCUUAAAGUAUAGAAAAACUUGGGAGUUAUUUAACAUCCCCUGGGCCUGCAAGAACACAAAGUAAAUAAACAAAACACUAAUGAAUGUAGAAUCAGGGGACAUUUGAAGAUAGCAAAACAAUCUCCCCUUUGUCACCUACCUCUUAUAGAAUGUCUUCAAAGGCAUUGUAAUCAAUUUCACCCAUGAUACACAGUAGCUUAUUUUUACUGUUUAUAAGUACAUUUUCCCUUGGUAUGUCACUUUAUAUCACUUGGUUCUAUUUAUAUAUGUGUGUAUAUAUAUGUGUGUGUGUGUGUGUGUGUGUGUGUAUAUAUAUAUAUAUGCAUAUAUAUACUUCUAUCAAAAAGUGUUUGACCAAAGUAGGUCUACAGCUAUUUCAACUCCCACUUUCCAGAAAGAGCUGUAGAUAUUUUACUGGAAAUUAAGAACUUGCUGCUGUUUUAAUAAGAUUUAGUAUAUUUUCUGACUACAGGAGACAAAAUAUAUUCAAAAACCAUUUUGACAGCAAGCAUUUUCUGAGCAAUUCUGAAAAGAAAAAGGAUCUCAGUAUAUUUAGUCAUUUAAAUAUAUACCUGGGUCAAUCUACUAAUCCCUUUGACUGCUUGUAUUAUUUUUUCAGGCAGCCAGCCAAAUUAACGUACCAAUACAAUGUAGAAAUAGUGUUUGCCUGUGUGUAUAUGAUCAGUAUUCAAGAGUCUAAAAAUUAGUUUUCUUGUAUUGGAAUUUUAAAGAAAAAAUAUAUGUCACCACAUUUUCAAUUUAUAUUUUCACGACUGCUUGCUCUUUCUAUGGCUUCCAACUACUAUCUUACAAUGUGUAAUAUACAUACAGAACACACUGCAUAGAGUUUUCUAUUACAUCCAACACUUUAAACAUUGGUAUACCUCUUACCAGCAAGCCUUUAAAAUAUGUUUGUUUUCGCUCCUUUGUCUGUUUCAUUCAAGGGUUCUGAAAAUCUGCAAUGCUUUGUACUUCUUUUGGGUUUGGUUUAAUAGGUAUAUUAAACAUCACUUGACAAUAAACCACAUCUAGAAGAGGUAAUCAUAAUUAAUGUGGUUAAUGCAAAACAGUGGUUAACAUUAAUAAGACUGUUUCCACACCACAGGCAAUAAUUUCUUAAUUUUAAUAUAAAUAUAUUCCUACUGUAUUAAAGAUUUCUCAAUUGGAAAAUGUUUGGUUAUACCAGUACAUAUGUGAGUGAUAAAAUGUUAUGAUUUUCAGGAAGUUUAUUCCAUUUAUUUCCAUAUCUUAUCUAGAUAGGUUAGUAGCUUGAAGAGUCAGGUGUUGAAAAUAUUUUAUAAUCAUAUACAUGAAAAUUUCUUUUUUGAUUGUAAACUGCAUAUCCACAUGGCCAUAAUUCAUAAAAUCAAAGAUAUUUUAGUCCAUAGAUAUAUUUUUUAUUGUGAAAUACUAAAAAGCAAUCAUUUUAUAUAAAAUUUUAUAACAACUAAACCAAAUGUGCCUAUUGCUAAAGAUUUAAAUAUAGAAAUUUUAGGGAAUCAUUGAUUGGGUUCCAUUAAACUUAUGAGAAUUUAUUUUUAGUAUAAGCUAUUUUUAUUAUAAAAGAAUUAUGUAAUGGAUCUCACCAUCUCGCAUUAAUUCAUUCAUUUCAGGAGCUAUGAAAAACCUAUGUCUCAAUGUUUUAAAUGUUUCUUAAGAAAUUAUUUUUUAGAACAGAUAAUUGUUUUACGAAGCCAAUAAUCAUCUUUUGGAUUUUCAGAGAAUGAUUUUGCUUUAGACGUAGAAAUUGUAUCUUAAGGAAUUAUUAUUUCAGGAAUUUGGUCUACACCGGACUGGUACCAUUCAUUUAAUGGAGAUGACCAAAUAAGAAGGACAAGGGCAUGAAACAAAGCUAGUCAAAUCACUCAGAAAGUAAAAGAAGGAUUAAAAAAUCAUACUGCCAUUUGACUGUGAGAGCAGAAUUAACACAAAAUUCAAUGUUACUUUAUCCAAUUUUGAAAAUUAUUUUAAUCAAAUAAUUCAAAUGUGACAAAAAUUCAUUCUCAUCUUUUGUGGUUAUAUUUCCAACAACAUUAAAAACUAUCGAAGAGUAAACAUGGUUGUCUUCUACUCUGCUUCACCAUACUAUAUUCAUAGAUUCUGAAUAGUAUUUAUCACUUACUCACUUUUCCCCAAAUUCGUGAAGUUCUGUACUUCUCACUGAAACAAUCCUAGAUUAAAAUAAAGAAACCACUAUUCAGGGUUUUUAAGUUUCUCUCUUUUUAAAAAAUGAGUAUCACUAGAUUGACUGAGGAAUGUAUGUAUAAACUCCUAAGAAAAGUUGCAUAGACUGGAAACUGAAAUUCAGAGAAAUUGAAUGUUCAGCAGAUAAAAAGUAAUAAUAAUAAUAAUAAUAAUAAGCAAAGGGAAGUGCUCUAUGGCUCUGUAAUUCAGUCCAGUUUAAUUUUAUACUGUCUUUCACCUUUUUGUACCUGCAUCUUGAAUUUAAAAGAAAAAACAAUCUAGGGGUCAAGAUGCCAAAAAGAGAGAAAUAAAGAAGAGCGUUUAAAAAUGGUCAGGUUUGUAAGAAUUUAAUCUCACUUGCAUAACUAAGCACUCUAAGAAUAAGUUUUAUUAAGUAUUGAGAGAGCCAAGAAAUAGCAUUUAUUUCUUCUAGAAUAGAAAAGGUUAAAUUAAGCCCUGCCUUGUGGUUUAGAAGUAUAAGAACAUUGCUAUAAUUUAUUUAACGAAUUCAAUUUCUUUUGCCUUCCUGUGGAAACAGUUUUAUCCCAUUAUACUAAGAAUUAAGGGAUGAAUCACAAACAAAAAAGUUGCAGCACUGAAAAAUAAGUAAUUUAUUGUUUUUGCAACUGGUGUGUGAAUUUGUGUGAUAAAAUUAUUUAUUCUUAUUUAACGAAAAUAUGUGCAAAUUCUUCUAUAUUUAAAACAUUUUCCUGUUGUCUUACUUAUUAAUUUAUGCUUCAUGUUUGUGUAUAAAGUACACUUUGUGAGUUUACAUAAUAUACAGCACUGGUUGCUUUUGUAUUUUUUUAUGUAGAAAGGUUUCUGUGUGAAUCAAGUGUAUAUGUAUAUAUUCUCAUGUUUCAUUACUCUGAUACUAUCAUUCUUUCCAGGGAAAUUUUUAAUUUAAUCUUUCUUGAUCAUUAAUGUUCAUUACUUAUAGCUACAUUAAUAGGUCUUUUAUAUUUCAUUAACACAAUUUUUCCAAGUCACAGGUAAGAAAAAAUGCUUAUUCAAUCAAAUAAGGUGCAAGUUUUAAACUUGAACAUACAGAUAGCCUAGAGCAGUGGUGGUAAACCUCUGGCAAGCAUUCUGCAGCAGGCUGAAAACGAAAACUCUAAAAGGUUCAUCAAUGCAUCAUUGAAAACUCUAAAAGAUUUACCAUCCCUGGCCUAGAAGCCUUGCAUAGAAGCUAAGACACAUUAAAGAAUCAGGUUCAUUCAUUUGUUGGAUAAACACAAAGUGUUGUUGAUAUAUAACUGAAAGUCCUUUACACACAACUUUUGAGUGGUAAGAAUGACAAUAAAAGCAAAACUUGUCUUUUGCUGCUUGAGAAACACUUCCUAAAAUUAAUAUCAUUUAUUCUCUGGUGUCUAUAGCAUUCUAUAGAUGAGCACAAAAAAUUGGAUUUCUGUGAUUCAGAUGCCAGUAAUUUCAGCUGCUUGUAUAAACAUUGGAUAUCUGUUGGUGAAAUGUGAUUUUUUUUUUUUUACAACUAUCAAAUUACCCAGAGCAGUCAGACUGAGAGGAGGCAGCAGCCACACCUCUGAGAGCACUCACUUGCCCUGACUGUGUGUGGCUUUGCAGUCUGAUUCCAGUAAGGCAAAGCACUCCCAAACUCACAGCACAUUCUCUGGGCUCCAUCUUUGGUCCUGUCACUCUCUCUUGACUGUAUCUUCUCUGACAAGCACAUCGUAACAGCUAAGGUGAUGACAGCAGCCAGAUGGAGAAGUUCAGGACUUGUUUGCAAAAAUAGGUUGAAUUUAAUAAUGACCAAAUCUUGCUAGUAGUCUAGGUCUGAGUGUGAAAUUUCAUUGGCAAAAUGAGUGUAUAUUAUUAAGUCCUUAUAAUUAAAUUUGAGGUCAAAUACCUUAUUUUCAUACAUUUCAAAGCUAUGAAUAAAUGAAAUAACCAUGAGUACAGAAGUACAUAUAAGAAACAAAUUCAAGGUGCUUUUGUCAUUUAGACUCAUAAAAAAUAAAUUUAUAUGUUCCUAUUAUUUUUCUCAUUUGCCAACAACCUGUAAUUUUAUAUUAUCAGAGGUAGAUCAACUGACCUGACUAGUCCACUAAAAAAAUCUUCCUAAUAGUCCUCUGUUAGCCUGAACUACAAAAUGAUUCAUUGAAUUAUAUCAUCAUAAAACACAUCAAUCUAUAAUGAAAAAUUGUGUUCUGUUUAAAGUAUGGGAACAUAUUGAAAUAUGGAACCAGGCAUUAGCCAAAACAUGGGAAUACAAGAUGGUGAUGUUCACAUCAGCAAAGCAUUCAUCAAUCUAGUAAAUGCCUAGUGAUAUGAUAUAAUUCUAUUGCAGGUUUUGUGGGGAAAAUAAAGGACUAUGUUGUUAGAACUUGUUUGUUUUGAGAGUAAGACUUUAGUAUACGUAUUAGCUAUCCCAGUUAAUUGUAUCUUACUAACUCACUAGCACUUUAGCCAUAAUUUCAUUGUCUCUAAUCCUUAUCUUGUGGCUCCAUGAGCUAGUCCUUACGUACUGCAUAGACCUAAUGAAAAGAUAAAUAAGGGUCCAUCUUCCUAUAAGCUAUUGCCACAUCAGUGACCUGGAAUCUAACACUGUAGGAAAACUGUCAUUUAUAAACGAAACAGGGCAUUUUUUUUCAUUUUUCUUUGGCACAUCCACUGAAGAAUUGUUACUGAGGUGCUAACAUCUUCCAUGAUCAACUGUCAAAUGUAGCAUUUCUGAGUUCUACUUUUUAAAUAUGAUCUUACAAUUUGCAAGAAAGACCUCUGAAUUUUUUGUCAAGCCUGGGCACAACUUCAUACUCGAAGUUCAAGAAAUAAACAUGACCAAUGGUCAUUCUGACCAACAGUGGUUAGUGAAUAGACUGUAUGUAUUUUUGAGGAUAUUUAAAUUGUCAACGGAACUUGAAGUCUGUCAAGUCAGUCACAUUUAAAGGAGUCACAUUUCAACAUUUUGAAACCAUCAACAUUACAUUCAAACUGGUGUGUUUGCCCUAACUUGUUUUAACUUUGUGAUAUUUUAUGCCUGCAGUAAACACUUAGUGACUAUAUCUCAACGUUUUAUUUAACAACUCACAGUGUAUUAGAAGCACAUAUUCUAUACUGAGAAUGUAUUUAGAAGUUCAUAUUGUGUAACUGAAGCUAGACUUUUGAUUAAGAACUAUUUACUCUCUGAAUGAUAUUUUUACAUUGUACACUCAGGCAUGACAUAAAUAUUGCUGCUUUAUCUUGCUACAAUUAGGAUUCACAAACACUCCUUACAUUUUAGUAAUGACCUGUUAGAUCACGCACAUGCUUCAUAAACGGACACUGCAGAUAACUAAAUUGAUGACAGAAAUAUGUUCCUUUUGACAUAGGCAGUGACACAAAUAAUUUGAUUUUUAUAUUAAUGGCUGAGUAAAGUCAAGUAAUAAACCUAAAUAGAGAUGGUUGAUAUUUUUUAAGUGUUGAAAUAUGCUUUCAUUGAUAGAGAAUAAUGAAAAUUUACAUACUGUGCAUAAGAUAAAAAUUUGUAAGCUGCUUAUUAUCCUCAGUUUUCCAGAAGUGAUCUCGUAUAAUGCAGUGGAAAGACCAAAAAUCUUAGAAAAAUCAAGAUGGUCUUAUUUAAAGUGUUUCUUUAGCUUUGGCAAACUUCAAAUCUGAAUCAACUACUUAAAGCAUUGCUGUGUCUUGUAGCUUGCAUUCCACAACAGCUCUGUCAUUCAGGUAAACCACUUGAACUGAGCCGUUUGGGACCUGUCUAUACUGUAAUAUUUUUCAUUGAGGAACAGUAUCUUAUUUUGUAAAGCAUUUUCCUGUGUGUGACUUAAAACUGUAAAACUAAACAUUGGUUUUGUGGUUUCAGUGGACACAAUAAAUAUAAACUGUAAACUAGUUUAAAGUA